AUGACGAAAUCCAACAUCACCUUGGUGAAGAAAAAUGAUUCGUGGCUGCCUAAGAAAGAGCAGCAGUUGUCAGCCAUCGAGAAACAUGGUUAUACUCUCCUAAAAACCUUGGGGGAAGGCGCGUACGCCAAAGUUAAGCUCGCCGACUCUAAAAAGCACAACAAAAAAGUAGCAGUUAAAACGAUAAACAAAAGGAGAGCACCUAAGGACUUCCUCAAAAAGUUUCUGCCCAGAGAGGUUCAUCUGAUGCACAGACUCAAUCAUCCAAACGUGAUCCGGCUGUACGAAGUUGUGGAAACUUCCACUAAGGUGUAUCUUGUUCUACAAUUGGCUUCUGGAGGCGACUUAUUGGAAUACAUAAACGCAAGAACCGUGCUACCUGAAGAGGAGGUACGCAAGCUGUUUUGUCAGUUUGCCGCUGCCAUGACGUACUGCCACAAGGAAAACGUGGUACAUAGAGACCUGAAAUGUGAAAACAUAUUGAUAGCUGGGGACGGAAAGUUAAAAGUAACAGAUUUUGGUUUUGCCGUGGGCACGGUGAAAGAUCGUCCUUUAGAAACCUACUGUGGUUCCUUCGCCUAUUGUUGUCCUCAAAUCCUUCGAGGCAGGCCGUACGACGGUAAAAAAGCCGACGUGUGGAGCAUGGGUGUUGUACUAUAUGCAAUGGGCUGUGCGAGACUUCCCUUUAGUGAAAAUGAUAUGAGAAAUUUAAUAAAGGAUGACUACACCAACAAAAUCAAGUUUUCAAAAAGAGUUAGUAAAGAGUAUCGUGAUCUUGUCCGCUGGAUGUUAGAUGUGGACGAAUAUGAACGGGCCACAGCGGAGGAAGCAUUUAAGAGCCCCUGGUGCAUACGGGCCAUCGAUGAAAACCGUGACCUGCACUAUCUUGCCGAUGCUCCUCAGCCGAUCCCUGUGCGUAAGCCCCCGGAAUGUGCCCCUCAAGAGAUGAACGAAUUCGAAGAGGAAACUUACCCCGUUGAAAUUCAGAAAACACCCGCCAAAAUCGGCAAGAAAACCAAGAUGGUUACUUGCUUCACUUACACUGCGCCCGCCCACGCAACGAAACAGAGCAACCAAGCUCGGCGGCAUACUAUUUCCGGUCUCGAAAUACAUGACAAAGACUGCGCUCUAAACUUGCGCAAUGACUUGCUGCGGUCCUUCGCACAAAGGAGGAUGUCCCUUCAGAAAAUUGAGGAAGAAACGAAACCGCUUGCCGGAGUUUCUUACAACAAACCUCGACCAAGGCGUCGGAGUACACUAGUCACAGAUGUCUUAACAAUUGUGUCGAAUAAAGAACAUGAACACAAGCUUGAAGGAAGAAAGUCUUCUUUGGUGUCCGACGUUAUUAAAUUUGAUCCACGUACUGCCGGAAGCCAUGGUUUCUUGAGGGGGAACCUUCCUACUGUAGGAAGUCAAGAAGGAAGACGCAAUUCCUUAGAAGGAGUGCCUGAGGGUUACCAGGGUAAUUCGAACAAACCUAACCAACCACAGAAACUGGAAUUCGUUGCGUCGCGCUCAAAGAAAGGACCUAAGGUGAUACCUGACAGUCGGCAAGCUCGUAUGAACGAAAUCUCUAAGCUGAGGUACACUUCGGCUGCCAGGGCUGCAAAAAUGGCCUUCAGAGAAGCACACGUCUCAAUGAAAGUCAAUCGAAGACUAUCGCUGCAAUCCACGGACCACUAUGUGACUCUGAAAUGUGUGGAAAGAAUAUUUGAGCUCCAGGGAACCAAGAUUGAAGAGGAUGGUAGUUCUCUUACUAAGCUUAAAAACUGGCAGAAAAAGUUCAAAAUGGCUUUAAAUGAAGACAAUUAAUUCUGAUCCGUGCGACACUUUGGUUAGAAUCAAACCACGCAAGUUACAAAAAUAUUGUUAUCAGAUUGCGUACACCUUAGUUGGUCUUAGUUCUAAAUGUCUCAAAACGCAUUUGUUUAACUGAUUUGUUCCUAACAGCUUUAGGAAGAAAAACUGUUGUGCCGUACAGAAUUCGUGCGUCUGUAACUCUAACCUCGGUUGAAAUCACUCUCUCUCUACGUUGACUACAGUCAAUCUAUUUUGCUCGCACUUGAUAAAAUGAGUGGGAAUAUGUCUUUUGUUGUGUUUCGCAACAGCACCAAGUGGUUGUUUAAACGAUAACGGUUCGUCUUAGUUUCAUGUUGCGCAAGUCCGUUCUCUGUAAGUC